GCCAGGUCCUACGGAGUCUUCUGCAAGGGGCUGACCAGGUCCCUCCUCCUCUUCUUCGACUUGGCCUGGAAGCUCCGGAUCAACUUCCCCUAUCUCUACAUCGUGGCCUCCAUGAUGCUCAACGUCAGGCUGCAGGUUCAUAUUGAGAUCCAUUGACUUGUGACUUGCCGUGCUUGUCUGUGCUGCAACUAAGGUUAAUAAUAUUCUGUAUUACUGUUUAACAAAAUGCAAAGUUUGAAGGACAGAAGAGCUAUGAUUGUCUCCCAUAUGAAUAUGGAGGAGGAAGACGUUUUAAACCAUGAACAUUUAAGUGAAAGUGGCCCAAAUAGCCAAAAUGAGAUCCUUCACCUUCCAGACGUAUGUUCCUUGUUGAAGAAUUCUCAAGUUGAUGUUAAUAGUAGCUUACAAAAAGAAUUCUUUUCUCUUAAGAUCAGGAAUUGUUCUUUAUUUAAGGCUGUACCUUUGCCUCAUAUUGGCAAGAAAAUGCCUCCUCAUUUGAGUGAACCAACAAGGUUAAAUUUAAGUGCAGCUGUCUCUUCAAAGGAUUCAUCUCAUCUGCUCUUUUCACCUGAGAGAGGACGACUUGAUAAGAUUUUUAACCACUUUGAUAGUACUUCUGUGACAGAUUGGCUGGAGAAAGCAUAUAAUUCCAUUAGUGACUUGAGUGUCUGGUGUUGCACUGGAGAUAACUUUGUACAUUUUGCACAUUUCUGGCUGUCAGAGCUACAGUACAAUCAAAAAAGGCAAUUGUUGGAAUUAGAAAUGGGUAUUAUUGAGGAUGAAUUGCAACUUGCAUUUCUGGAGGCAUUGGAUUCUGAACUGCAACCUUCUGAUCUGCAUUCCAUCCUUGCUGCCACGUUGAGUGAAUAUCCUAUGGGACUACUGAGCAGCCAGAAACCGUAUAUUUUCCUUGACUAUUUAAACAUCAUGUCUUCAGAGCAAACAACUGCAUAUAAAAAAAUGCUUUCAAGUAUAAAAUAUACAACAAAUAAUCCUCAGGUAACACAGUGGCUAUUAGCUGUACGAGCUUUUGCACUAGCAAAUCUCUGGCAUGCAGUAGUGAAGUUUUAUAAGGCAUUGGUCAGUACCAAGCUCGUUCCUGAACUACAUAUCAAGAGUUCUGUUUCUGCUACUACAAAGCAAACAAACGAAGUGGUUAAAGAAAGAGCUCUACACAGUGUCCAGCUGGGAUAUGCUGAUGUCUUGCAUUAUCUUAUUAUAAACCAGAAGCUGGACCUUGGUGCAGUAGAUGAAAAAGAUCGAAAUCUCAUAUUUUUAGCCACUAUAUAUGACCAACCAAAGAUACUGGACUAUUUUCUUGACAUGGGACUUCCCAUACCUGAUGUAAACCACGCAGCAGAAAAUGGAAACACACCACUCCAUGCUGCAGUGAAUACUGGAAAAAUGCACCUUGUAUCUUUGCUGCUGCAUUAUCCUGGAAUUAAUGUGAAUUUCCCAAAUCCCCAGUGUGAUGGAGCUACUGCACUACAUCUUGCUAUUGUCUAUGGGUACUUGGGUAUUUGCUAUUUAUUGCUGAAUGCUGCAGCUGAUGUGGAAAGUCCCCUGGGAGAUCUAACACCUGUGCAACUUAGUGAGAAUUUUGGUAAUGAAACUAUAACUAAGUUCAUAAAGAUGCAUGUUAAAAAAAUUAAACUUGAAAAUAAAAUGUUUGCCUGACUAUGUAAAGCAUAAUAGCAUUUUCCAAUGUAUCUAUUUUAAUUUUGUACAUUACACCUAUUUUAAACUUUUGACAUUACAAAAAGUCAAAAGUUUUAUCUGAGAGAUGGCAGCUUGCCAACAUUAGUUUUUAGUGGUAAAUUCUGCUAUGCAGACCUGAAAGUUUUAUAUUUUAGGCCACUUCCUUCUGUUGUUUUAUCCUCUUCCUGGUUUUGGCUGUUCUCAACCAAACAUAUAAAUGAAAGGGUACAUAUAACCUCCUGCAUAUUAAAACUGACACUGUUUAGUUUUUAGGUAUAAAAAUACAGAGAAUAUUGAUUUCAGUUGUAUUAACACAGUGAAUCAUAUUUUUACACUAUUCUAAAUUGAGAUGUUCAUCAAUUUGACUCCUAAGUAUUUUCUGGAUUAUUUGUGUGUGACAUUCUUUAAGACAAGAUUUUAAGAAGUGACUAAUGAUUUUUGGUGUCACCAAGUAUUUGAGUGCCCAACCUGAGACCCCUUAAAGGAGCUGCAUAAUCAAAGUGCUGAGCUUUCACCCUCUGAAAAUGAGGCCCCUUUAAAUGUUUAAAUUAAGAGAAUCUAUUUCUUGUAUAUUGUAUGCUUGAAAUCCCAUUCUAACUCACAUUCUUAUUUACAAUGUCACCAGAAAGUGAAAACAGGCGUUCGCAUGGGAUUUUUGUAGCUGGCAUUGCAAGGAUUUAUGUGCCAGCUAUGCUAAACACUCGUAUCCCCCUUCAUGCUUCGGCCACCAUUCCAGAGGACAUGCUUCCAUGCUGAUGACGCUCAUUAAAAAAAUGUGUUAAUUACAUUGGUGACUGAACUCCUUGGGGGAUAAUUGUAUGUCUCCAACUCUGUUUUACAUGCAUUCUGCCAGAAGCUCAGAAUGAGUGACAAGGGAUGGAUCACUUGAUGAUUGCCUGUUCUUUUCAUUCCCUCUGGGGCACCUGCACUGGUCACUGUCGGA